AUGGACCAGCCGCAAGGUUCAUCCUUCACGAACCCCUCCGUUGAAGUGGAAUCACAUCUUUCCAAGCGUCGUCGCUUCGCACCACACUCUCUCCCCAUCAUUCCUGUUUCGGAUAACACGGACAUUGAAUAUCAUACCUUCGACUCGCCAUUGCUGCUGCAGCUAUGCGAACAAGCUCCUGAUCAGGCGGAAAUCGAAGCUGGUCUGCUUCAGGUCGGGAUGCGCGUGAGGAAGGCCGUCGCUGAAGGGUACAAGACACAAGUGAAGAAGUUCACUCCUCGGCCAUUCUUCAAUGUCAACGGACUUUCUCCCGAGACCCAGGCGGCCCUUUGUGGAGGAAACGCGGCCGCUACCAACGAGUUGGCCCCAUAUUCCGCAUCCCAAAUCCAACCUUUGAGCACUGCGACCUUCUGCGGCAUCAAUCUGGCCUUCUUGUCCCAUUAUAGCGACGAUCACUCAAGCGCCUCUGUUUCGGAGCAAUCCCUGUGGUCAUAUUCUACCAGCCACAAGCGCGGUUAUGAAGCUGACUCGGACAGCGAGGAAAGCCAGGACUGGCAGCCCCAAACACCCAGCCUAGUCGCCGAUGCGGGGAUGGCCAUGCCUGUGGACUAUUUCGCCAUUGAUAUGGAUACUAUGAGCCAGGUUAGCCCAAUGACGCAGAUUGGAGACCAUAUGAGGCAACAAUUCCAUGGUCGAAGAAUGGCCAUGCCCAAGAGUCGCAGUCGUUUCGCUCUAGCAGCCGAACCGCAGCUGCCGCCGACUUCAGUGUUGAAUCCAUUCUCCAACAUGGCCGUUGAGCAGCCUGGGCCUCACACUGGUCACAAUCGAAUGAUGAGCUGCGGUAUGGAAGCCAUGGAUUUUGGUGAGGCUCCUUUUCUGCAACGACGAGAGGACGUUGAAAUGGACUGCUCCUGA